CCAUUACCUAUCGUGACGCCGGUAAGAUGGGAUCCGCCGCUCCUUUGCGCCUCGCCAUUCUCGAGGCCGACACGCCGCAGCCGCAGACUCGCGAUCGCUAUGGCGGAUAUACGGGUGUCUUUACGGCUCUGCUAAACGCGGCUGCCAAUUCGCUCAAGCCGCCUCAGAAGCUGGAUGAGAUUGUGACGAUCAAGGGAUACGAUGUUGUCAACGAACUUCACUCGUAUCCUGCGCUCGAGGACAUUGACGCCAUCCUCAUCACCGGUUCUAGGCAUACGGCGUUUGACAAUGAUCCGUGGAUCCUCAAGCUCGUCGAGUAUACGAAAAAGGCCAUCGAGACGGACCGUGUGCGCGUCGUGGGUAUCUGCUUCGGCCACCAGAUCAUCGGUCGUGCUGCUGGUGCCAAACUCGGACGGAGUGAUAAGGGCUGGGAGGUUGCCGUGACAGAGGUUGACUUGACGGCCAAGGGCAAAGAGAUCUUUGGGUUGGACAAGAUGCGCAUCCACCAAAUGCACCGCGACAUCGUCUCCGAAUUCCCCCCCAACUCGAUCCCCCUCGGCUCCAACGCCAUCUGCGAAGUGCAAGCAUUUUACUCCCCCGGCCGAUACAUCAGCGUGCAGGGUCACCCCGAGUUCACAGACGAGAUCAUAUCCGAGGUUCUCUUUAACCGACACACGGUCGGAAUCUUUAGCGACGAGCUGUACGCAGACGCUAUGAAGAGGGCGCCCAUCCCGCACGACGGUGUGGCCAUUGCCCGCGCGUUUCUCAAGUUCAUGAGGGAGGGGUGAAUUAUUGCGGC